AUGUCGUGGCUUAAUUUAAAUCAAAGCUUAAGCAGUUUGAAAGGGCAGAUUACAAAUUUUGCUACAGAAGUGUUAUCCGAGGGUACUGAGCCUGCUACAAGCAAUGAACCUUCUGAAAAUGAACAUAUUGUUAAAGAACUUGAAGACAAAUGCCAUAACCAAGAGCUUGAGAUUGCAGCAUUGAGAAAGUUGAAUGAUGAGCUGCAAGCUACAUUGCAAUCUGAGAGACUCUCACGAAAAAAUGGCGUCAAAGAAGAAGAAUCGACGUGGUACUGGGAUCCUCCGCCGCAAGUGUCGAAGAUCGAUCACAAUAUCGAAAAACAAUACAAAUUACAAAUACAAGCCUUACAAAAUGAACUUUCCAACCUAAGAGAACGAGACAAUACUGAGCAAAAUUUAGAUAACGAUGAAGAAGUUAACCGGCUUCGGGAGGAAAACAAGAAUUUAACAUGUAGCUUGGAAGACUUAGAUAAUCAACAUCAAGUUGCGAUGGAAAAGCUACUCACUUUGAAGAAGGAGCUACAAAGGAAUUUUGAAAUCCUAAAAAAUGAACAUGAGGUACUAAAGAAUUCUAAUGAAGAAUAUUCUGCAGAGAUAAAGCUAUUAUUCCAUAAACUGAGUGAAAGAGACCAAGAAAUAAAUAAUUUGAAAGCAGCCCAAUCAGAUUACGAUACGCUACAUCACAAAUAUCAGAACUUGGAACGGAUACAUAGUCUUUUAAAAGAAAACGCAGAGAAAUUUCAAGAAGAGAACCAGGAAUUACAUGAAGAAGUUUUUAAAUUGCAAGAGCAAGUUACUAAACUAGAACACGACUUAGAAAUUGCAACAAAAUAUACAGAAGCAUCAAAUAUGGUUCCAAAAGAAAAAUAUGACAACUUGUUAAAAGAAAUUCAUGAACUUAAACACAGACGUGAUUCCAACCAGGAACAUUUAGAUGAAACAAAUAUAGAUGAUAAUGCUAAGGGUGUAAUCGAAACUUUAAAAAGGGAUAUAAAAGAAUUGAAACGGCAGCUCGCUCAACGUGAAUUGGAUAGAAAUGCUAAAUCAGAAAUGAAAACUUUGAUACAAGAUAAAAUAACACAUUUAUACAAUCGUUACAUCAACUUCGAUUUACCUGUAGAUUAUCUUGGAGAAAUGCCUUCUGGAACUGAGAAUAUCGUGAUGCAUAAAUUAGAAAGUGUAUUCAAAACUAUAAACUCAUUUAAAAAGGAUAUUGACGCCCUUCAACAAAAACUUUCGGAAAAAAAUUCCAACAUAAAUCAUUUACAAUCACAAAUUGAAGACGUAACCACAGAAAAUGAAUACCUUACAUCCGAUAUCCAACAUCUUGAAGGUGAAUUAGAAGAAAUGAAAAAAAACAAUGACUUUCUAAUAUCAGAAAUAACUGCUUUGAAAAAUACAUCCAAACUUGAGCCUAUCAUUGAAACCCAUGAAGAUAACCUCGUGAAAUUGGAAUCAGAAUUAGCAGAUUGCAAUAGAAUUAACAAAACUUUUGAAUCUGAAAUAAGGAGAAUUGAAAAAGAACUUGCAGAAGUACAAAAUGAAAAGAAAAAUAUGCAGGAAAGUCUGAGUGAUAUGAAAAAUAAAUAUACAUCAAUGCUUAAUGAAUUGAAAAUAUGUAAAACACAAACACAAGCUGUAAACGAAUUAGAAAGUGCUUCUAAUAUUAAUAAUAAUGAAAAGAUUCAAAAAGCAAUAGAUGAGACUGAUAAUUUAAAGAAGCGCGUAAGCUCAGCUAAUUCUAAAAAUGAACAACUAGCUAUUGAUAUUCAUAUAUUAGAAAAUGAUAAAGUUUUGCUAACUAAACAAGUAGAUGACCUAAAACAAGAAAUCCUGGCCUUAAAUGAUUCUCAUAAUCAAAUAAAAUCUGCGAAAAUAUGCCUUGAGCAUAAAUUACAGGAUCUGGAGAAUAAGUUGGAUGAUAUUAUCACUGAAAAGCAAAAAAUUGAAAAAGAAAAUAUUAUAUUCAGAGAGAAAGUUAAAGGGUACGAAGCAUUAAAUGUGUGUGCAAGUGAUGCUGAAAAAAUUUCUACGUUAAAAAAGCAAAUAGCUGCUAAGCUAAAUGAUGUAAUCAAAGAAAAUUCCACAUUAAAAAAUAAAGUAGAAUCAUUGACAAAUGAAGCCUUAAACUUAAAGAGUCAACAACAAACAGCGUCUGGAAAUAAUUCUUUAAAAUACCUAAAUGAUCAAGAAGAUGAUUCUAAGUUACAUGCUCUUACAGAAGAGAAUAAGGAACUCCUAGACAAGAAAAAAUAUAUACAAGACACUUUUUCUACCAUAGAUGGCAAAAUUGAGGUCUUAAAAGAUGAAUUUGAAACACUAGUUAAUCUUACUGUCGCUGAAAAAGAUUCAAUAAUUAAUAAUUUACACUCGUCUAUAAACAAAUCUAAUACAGACUUAAAUAAACUGAAAGAAACUAUUACAAUUCUGGAAGAUGCUGUCCAAAGUAAAACUGAGGAAAUAAAUCGAAUCCAACAAUCAUUGGAAGAUGUAACAAAACAACUUCAAAAUGCCAAUACUAAUUUUAACCUUACCCAAGAAGAAUUGAAAAAAAUACAUGAAGAAAAAAUAGUCGCUAUUCAACAAGUUCACCACCUUACCGAUGAGACAAACAACAAAAAUACAGAAAUAACAAAAUUGACAAACCAACUGCAUGAUUUAGAAAAAACGUAUGUUGAAUAUAAAUUAAUCAUAGAUAGUAGAGAUAAAGAAGUCAAAGAACUUAAUCAGUCUAUAGUUGAGUUGACUGACAAAAUUAAAUCGUCAGAAAACACGACUCUGCCAAAUGACGAGUACGCAAAAUUAUUAGAAGAAAAGCAAGCAAUAGAAAAGGAAUUACAAGAAGCCAAAAGUAAUUUUGAAGUUAAAUUAAAUGAAUUAACUGAAAUUAAAAAUAAGUCAUUAUUAUUAGAAAACACAUGUACAGAAUUGCAGACUGUGAUAAAUAAUACAAAUGUAGAAAAAACGGAGUUGAUAAAUUUAGUUAAUUUGAAACAUAAUGAAAGUAUCCAAUAUCAUAAUGAAAUUCAAAGGCUGAAUCACGUUUUGUUGGAACAAAGUAAUGAAUUUAAAAGAAUAUUAGAAGAAAAGGACAUGCUUUUAAAGAACCAUUCCGAAAUUUGUUCAAAUUGUGAGACUCUACGAUUAUCUUUGAAAGAAAAAGAUGAAAUUAUAAUGGUUUUAAAUCAAAAUAUAAGCGAUUACGAUAGAUUGAAAUCUGAAUUUGCCAAUAACAGUGAAACUAUAAAACAGUUAAACAAAAAAUGUGAAGAUUUGGACAAGAGCUUGACCAUCCAAUUAGAAACUGUAAAGAAAUUGACAGCAGAAAAUGUGCAGUUGUCAGAACAAGAACAAAACUCGUCUCGGGAGUUGGAAAGGUUACGUCAUCACUUGGUGGAAACAGAGGAAAGUUACACGCAGGAACUGAUGACAUCUGAGCAGAGACUGACAGAGUGUCAGACGAGGUUGCACCAAGUGGAGGAAAGGGCUAAGCAGACUAGCACUGUUUAUACUAGUAAUAGCAUUCGAGCGAAUCAAGAAGUGGAAACUCUAAGGAACCAGAUCAAGUUAUUAGAAAAACAAAGGGAAGAAGUACAAUCGAAGUUAAGUGACGCUGAAGACGCCAAGAGCAAAAGUGAAGCUGCCUUAACCAACUUGCAAGUUGUGUUGGAACAAUUUCAAUUAGACAAAGAAAGAGACGUAAGCGCAGCUACAGAGAAAAUUAGAAACAAAAUGGAGGAUGUCAAACGUCAAAAUGAGAAUUUACAUAAAGAAAUAGCGCGUCUCAACAGUAAACUGGAAGAUUCUAUAGCUGGCCUCCAAGCGGCUACAAGACUUGGUGAUCAGGUUGAGACUAAAUCUGCUCAAAUAAACGAUUUGAAAGAACAAGUUCGAACUCUACAAACAUCUGUAGCGGCGGCAGAAGAAAGAUAUUACAAUGCCAUAUCAAACCAACAAGACAAAGUCGAUAAGAAUUUAGUCAAGAACUUGGUUAUUAACUAUGUGAUGACUGCCGGGCAAAGUAGUCUCAAUAGAACACAAAUUCUCAGGAUAUUGUCGACAGUAUUAGAUUUUAAUCAGACGGAAUGUGAGAAAUUGGGUCUCGUACGUCCUUCUAAUGCGGGCGACAGCUUAGCCGCAGAGUUUGUGAAGUUUCUACAGAAUGAAUCCAGACCAAGGGCCCAGUUACCUGAUAUGAUGGGCUUGCAAGGUGGCAGAGCGUCUGUGGCAAGUUCUAGAAAGAGUUCGACUAUAGGACCGAAUCCAGUCUUCGAAGUCGGCCAUAAACGAAACCCUUCGACGGGUUCGAACAAUCUUCUUUUCCAAAACCUAGAAACAAGUUCCCAAGUAUCCAUAGAAUCAGAUAACAAAGUAAUUACAAUAAAUACAAUGGAAACUGGAAUAAACCAAAUGAGAAAUAACGAGGGUGCCAUCUUGAAACACGUGUUGAAAGAUAUG